CCCCUCUUCCCCGCGUACUUGGUUUCCCCCCCAUCUUUCACCAUCGUCAAUUGCGCACAACGUCAUCUCCCCUCCCCCUCACCUCUCCUUCCCCACCUCUCUGGUCCCUCUUUAAUCCCUUCUCAUACACCCUAAUACUCCUUGAUCAUGUCCAAGUCUCGCCGGAACGUCCGGUUUCAACAUCGCGGCUCCAUCGGCUCCGAUACUCGCCGGCCUAGUAUCUCCGAUACCAGUGAUGCCGCUUCGGAUCCCGGCAGUGCUUCCAAGAAUGGCCCGGUCGAUACUCCGGCGACCAUCCCGGAAGAGAAACCCCAGCAGUCCGACUACGAGAAGAAGAAGGCGACCUUCAUCACCCGCACGAUAUGGACCUUCGUCAUGAUCGCCCUCUUCUUCAUCGCCAUGUUCUCCGGCCAUAUAUACGUCAUCGGGAUCGUCUCCGCCGUUCAGAUCGUCUCCUUCAAGGAGGUCAUCGCCAUCGCCAACGUCCCCAGUCGCGAGAAGAACCUCCGUUUCACCAAGUCGCUGAACUGGUAUUUCCUCGCCACGACCAUGUACUUCCUCUACGGCGAGAGCGUCAUCUACUACUUCAAGCAUGUCCUGCUGGUCGAUAAGGUGCUCCUGCCCCUGGCCACCCACCACCGCUUCAUCAGCUUCAUGCUCUACGUCAUGGGCUUCGUCUUCUUCGUGGCCUCCCUGCAGAAGGGUCACUACCGCUUCCAGUUCACCCAGUGGGCCUGGACGCACAUGGCCCUCUACCUGAUCGUCGUCCAAGCCCACUUCGUCAUGAACAACAUCCUCGAGGGCAUGAUCUGGUUCUUCCUGCCCGCGUCCCUGGUCAUUACCAACGACAUUUUCGCCUACGUCUGCGGCAUCACCUUCGGCCGCACCCAGCUCAUCAAGCUGUCCCCCAAGAAGACCGUCGAGGGCUUCCUCGGCGCCUGGAUCUGCACCAUCGGCUUCGGCUACUUCAUGACCAACAUCCUCAUGCGCUACAAGUACUUCAUCUGCCCCGUCAAUGACCUGGGCUCCAACGUCCUGACCGGCCUGGAAUGCACCCCCAACCCGGCCUUCGUGCCUCAGCCCUACUCCCUCCCCGAGUGGACCGGCCUGGACAAGACCCUGUACAUUGAGCCCAUGCAGUUCCACAUCCUCGUCUUCGCCUCGUUCGCCUCGCUCAUCGCCCCCUUCGGCGGUUUCUUCGCCUCCGGACUCAAGCGCACCUUCAAGAUCAAGGACUUUGGCGAGUCCAUUCCCGGCCACGGCGGCAUCACCGAUCGCAUGGAUUGCCAGUUCAUCAUGGGCUUCUUCGCCUACAUGUAUUACCACAGCUUCAUCGCCGUCUACAAGGCCAGCGUCGGCGACAUCAUCGAGACCGCCAUCAACGGUCUCACCGUCGAGGAGCAGCUCGAGGUGGUCCGGGGGUUGGGCAAGUACCUGUACAACCAGGGGACCGUGUCGGAGUCGAUCAUGGAUUGCCUCACCACCGAGCUCAAACGGCGAUGAGCGACGCGGUCACCAUCUGAUCAUGACCGCCCUUCUCGUCUCCCCGUUCUUCUCCAUCUCGCUAGACGGCGCUCGCUCUGCCGUUUAUCCUGUUUGAUGUCACUUUGUCUUUAUAUUUACUUUAUUUAUUUAUUCUUCUCUGCAGCGUCUCUUCAACAUGACAUGGACUCUACUUAUUAUUGAACUUCAACCUCUCCAACCUUUUCUUCUUCCCGGACGCUGUCGC